CGUUUCCGUACGUAUCCCCCAAGCGCGUAAACGCACAAGUUGAGCACAACUUAACUUUUACGCAGCAAAAUUGAAAAACGCGAGCAAUUAUCCAAUGAAAAUGAAUUUACAGAUCACGUGCUUUACAAUGAAGCAUGCUUUUGCCAAUUGAUUUACAAGUUGAAAAAAGAUGGGAAAAUAUACAAAAGUUGAGGAGAAACUUAUUGAAGAAAUUGAAAAAUACCCAGCGCUUUGGAAUACAAAAGACACUAACUAUAAGAACAAAAAUAUUAAGGAAAAUGCGUGGCAAAUAGUGACUGAUGCUGUGAAUGCAGCUUGUCAAUCAACGUAUUCAGUAAACGACUACAGAGACAGAAUUUGGAAAAACCUACGCGAUUCAUAUGUCCGUGUGUUAAGUGGAAAUGGGAAAAAAAGUGGAGCAGGUGUGGAUGAAAUUCCACAUUAUCCAUACCUUUUGGCAAUGUCAUUUCUGAAACCUUAUGUUAAUAUUCGAACAAAGAAUUCGGACAGCAAUUUCCAACCAGUUGUUCUUUCAAGUCCAUGCCAAGAUCCACUUACCAUCACAUCUGAACCUUCUACUGAUGAUUUAACGGUUGGUAUUGAGGCAUUUUCUCAAGAAUCUUUCCCUUCGUUUGAGAUUAUUGAAAACGUUCAAAAUGUUGCUUCAAAACAACCAAGUAAGAAAAGGUCUUAUGCAGCAAUGUCACAAAAGCAACUUGAUCGGGCCUUGGAUGUAAAAAUCAUGGAAUAUAUAUCUGGUGGUGAGAAAUCCUUGCAAAAUCAAUCAGCUAUGGUAACUAUAGAAGAUGCAUUUGGUAAAAGUGUUGCUGCUCAGCUACAUUUGUUGGAUAAAGAAGCAAAAAGUAAGGCAAUGAGUAAAAUUCAAAUUGUUUUAAGUGAAGCAAUCUCUUCAAUGUCAACAAACAGUUAGCAUGAGAAGGAUGUAAAGUAAAAUGAAGUGGAAAACUUAAGUUAUUGAACUAACUUUCAAGUUACUUAGAAAAGUCGUUGAUGUUUGUAAGAAACAGAUUAUUCUUUGUUCAGUUGAAACAUACAUUUGCUAAUUAAAUAAAUACAACUUAUUAAUAAGAUGAUAUUAUAAAUGUAAAAUUGUUUUACAGAAA